AUGGACGUCUUAAAGUCCCAUCGUCUCCGGGUUCGCGAUUCUUCCGACUUCACAGACGACAAACCAUCAUCUUAUACAAUGGGUCACCUACUCUUUGUCUUCUUCGCCCUUCUCCUACUUGCCUCACUCUGCUCUUUGAUCCUGCUUUGCCUGCGCCGCAAGCAGCAAAGGAGACAGCAAGCCUUGUUACCAACAUACCAUCAGCAUGGACAUUCGCAUCAUCGCUCCCCAUCAAUAAGCAGUUUCAACGCCCAGGGGAAGAACGAAUCCAUAUUUGUCUACGAUGAAAAGAUGAACCUCAUUCACAACUCCUCGAGUCCGCCGUCGGCUACCGUGCCUGAAAUUCACAUCACCUUCCCUGACGAAGAGGGCAAUGCCGGCAGCCAUCAACAAGGACGCGUGGUUGUGGUUCAUAUUACAGAGUCGGGAAGUGUUGGUAUGGAACCUCUCCACCGUGAGCCACUUCCACCCUACCAGAAAGAAGACGCCGAUCGUUUUCAAUCUCUCGACCUAGAACGAAUAGGAGGACUCAAAGAGAAGGAGUCGUCGGGGCAGAAGUGGUCAUAG